AAAAAUACGGGUUUGAAAGAGGAAGUGUUAUCAUCGGAACGUAUCAGCCAAGCAGAGAAUGGUCGCCGCACAAGAAUUGGUUAACCGAUUGUAUAUUUUAUUGCCGCUGGCCUAUCCCUACAAUGCUCCAAUAAAAGCUGUCACACCUCCAGCCAACUGGACCUACGACAAUGCACCAAAUUGGUCGGCAGAUCAUCCGGAAUGUGGUGGCAAUCACCAGUCGCCAAUUCACAUAAAAACAUCAACGAGUUACGCUUCAGCAAUGGCACCACUAAAAUUCGGUUACUAUGACCUACCGCUGGCGGGAAAUAUUACCAUAAAAAAUAAUGGUCAUUCAGUCGAUUUCGAGGUGCCACCAACGUUGAAUGGCCGAAGACCUUUUGUCACCGGCAGUAUUCUCCACAGCAAAUACGAAGCUGUGGGUGUGCAUUUCCAUUGGGGCAGCACAAAUUCAAAGGGUUCGGAGCAUAUGAUUGACGAUCGGCGGUUUGAUGUUGAAAUGCAUAUUGUGCAUAAGAAUGUGUUGUAUCCAACUCUGGAGGAGGCCACCAAACAUGUGGAUGGUUUGACGGUGUUGGGUGUGAUGUUCAAGGGGACUAGAGUAAGUCUUUUUGUGAUGGAUUUUUGUAAAAAUAUUUUAAUGUCUUUUGAUUUUCUAGGACGUUGA